AUGUGUCAGAUGCUUCUGAGAACUCCCAUGAUUGAGCUAGAAUGUUUAACUGAUUUGUGUGCAUCUGUAUUGGUUUAUAUCCAGAGUAAGAAGCGUUUUGAGAAGGAGUGGAGAGACGCAGAGAAGGCCAAUCAGCAGACAGAGAGAGUCCAGCAGGACGCAAACGCCACCAAAGCAGACGUGGACAAGGCCAAACAGCACGCUCACAUCCGCGUGCACUUAGCAGACGAGUGUAAGAACGAGUACGCUUCACAGCUGCAGAAAUACAAUAAGGAGCAGAACAACUUCUACCACUCAGAGAUCCCGUCUGUGUAUAAGAAGCUGCAGGAAAUGGAGGAGCGGCGCAUCAGAUUGUUAGCCGACGGCUACGUGCAGUUCUCUGAAACAGAGAAGAACGUCCUGCCCAACAUCAACAAGUGUUUAGACGCCAUCAGCUCCACUGGGAGGAACAUCAAUGAGAAACAGGACACUAUGGCUCUCGUAGAGCAGUAUAAAUCGGGUGCAGUGCCUCCUGCUGAAGUGGAGUUUGAGGAUUACAGUCAAACAGUCAGAGCUGCCACAUCUGACAACACAGUAACACACCUGCCCAAAGUGCGCAUCAAACAGCUCUUCCUCAAGAAAAACAAGGUGACGUCUCCUGAUAAGAACUUGCCAUCAUUUCUGGAGGAUCUCUCUCGUCUGCCUCUGGAUGAGAGAAGGAGGCGUCUGCAGGAGAAGAUCGAUGACAUCCAGAAGGAGCUUCAGAGAGAGACGGAGCAGAGCGAGGCUCUGAUGAAGAUGAAGGGUGUUUAUGAGCAGAACUCUCAGCUUGGAGAUCCAUCCAGCCUUCAGCCUCAGAUCACACAGACUGCCCAUAACAUCGCCAGACUGAGAGGAGAGCUCAACAAAUACCAGGUUCAGCUGACUGAAGCCGGCGGUGGGACGCUGCAACACACUCCCGCCAGUUCAGAGCACAUCUCCGUGCUGAGCGAGUCCAGCUUGUCUCCGUCAGAGAACAUCUACGAAUGUGAAUUUGAUGAGGACUUUGACGUCGACGUUCCCAUCGGUCAGUGCACAGCGCUCUAUGACUUUGACGGCAGCAGCGAGGGAGCCGUGUCCAUGCAUGUGGGCGAGCAGCUGAGUCUGAUGCAGGAGGAUCAGGGCGACGGCUGGGUCCGAGUUCAGAGGGCCAAUGGAGACGUGGGAUACGUGCCGGCGUCCUACAUCCAGAUCAUCUAGAAACAGCUGAUCGUGUGUUUUACAGGAGUGUGAGCUGUGCUUAUGUGACUCCAUCAACUCUUGUGCUUUUAUGUCACGGGGAAUGUUUUUACUUUUUGAUUUCUUUCUUUUCUCUCAUGCAUUAUGCUGCUUCUGGUGAUUUCCUGAACAUUUGUAGUU